AGUAGCAACUAAUGAGCCUUGAAAAUUCUUCGGCCUUCUGCGUGUCGUUGUAGUAUUGUUCCACAGCCUAACCUCUAACGUCGCUCUUCUUGCAGAUGGAUCCAACGACCGCAUUGAAUCCGAAUGAAAAAAGUGUGGGACAUGGAAAGAACAAUGGUAAUGCGGCAGAAGUUGAAGGUUUUAGCAAAAACAUUGAAGAAAUAUUGCAGAGAGUUUCUCAGCUUGAGCAAAAAUUGAAUCAGGUUGAACAGUUCUACUUGAAUAUGGAGAAUAUUCAACCAAACACUUCAAAAAGUAGCUCAGUUUUGAAGGAGAAAGUUAAGGAGAGACAUAUUAGUAGCACUGAUAAGCAGCAGCUGGAUGCAGCACUCAGAGAAGAAGCUUCUGCACGGAGAAUGCAAGGGCUUAAGCGCCAGUUUGGCACGAUAUUUCGUCAGUUGCAGAUCACUCAGCUCAAGUGGGCGGGGCCUUUCAUGGAUCCUGUCGAUGUAGAAGGCCUUGGUUUGCAUGACUAUUAUGAGGUUAUUGACAAGCCAAUGGACUUGGGUACAAUAAAAACUAAAAUGGAUGCUAAGGAUGGUAACGGAUACAAGAAUGUCAGGGAGAUAUAUGCUGAUGUCAGGUUGGUUUUUAAGAAUGCAAUGAAAUACAAUGACGAAAGGCAUGACAUUCAUGUAAUGGCCAAAUCUUUGUUGGAAAAAUUUGAAGAAAAGUGGCUGCAACUUUUGCCAAAAGUCGUGGAAGAGGAGAAAAGACGGGAAGAGGAGGAAGCAAAGGCACAACAAGAUAUGCAGAUCAAUCAAGAAGUUGUUCAUGCUAACAUGGCUAGGGAUUUAAGCAGUGAACUUACUGAAGUUGAUAGUCAAUUGGAGAAGCUCAGAGAAUCGGUGGUUCAGAAGUGUAGGAAAAUGACAACUGAAGAGAAGAAGAAACUUGGAUUAGCUCUUACUCGACUAACCCCGGAUGAUCUCAGUAAGGCAUUGGAGAUUGUUGCUGAGAGUGACCCUAACUUUCAAGCAACAGCCCAAGAAGUGGACUUAAACAUGGAUGCUCAGAGUGAGACGACAUUGUGGAGGCUAAAGGUUUUUGUACAAGAAGCACUAAAAGUUGGAAGCAGGAGUUCUGGAGAUAUUGGUGGCAACAACAACAAUAACAAUGCUGAUAAAAACGAAAACGACAACGGCAACAAAAAGAACAAUAACAAGAACAAUGCUAAACGAAGAAGAGAGAUUUGCGAUACUCUCACCAAGACUGCAGCAAAGAGGAAUAAGAAGUUCCCAAAUACAUGAGUAAUCCCCUUGCACUUAGGUAUGCGGUUUUUAAGUGCUGAAAGUUAAACAUAUUCUAGUUCUGAUUUUGAUCCAUCUUUUUGGCCUUGUAAAUGCCCUCAUGAAGAGUUUUGGACCAAUGUGUCAGACAUUAAUGCUAUUGUAUAUUCUCUUCUAUGUGCUUUUUCCAGAUUCGGGAUUAUUGAGCGUCCUCUAAUGGACGGCCUUGAUUAAGGAUCUUCACCA